AUGCGACGGGUAGUAGUAACAGGCUUAGGGCUUGUGACACCUUUGGGACUAGGCGUCCGCCAAACGUGGAAACGCCUAAUCGAUGGCCACUGUGGCAUCGUUUCUAUCAAGGACCGCAGCCAAGAUUUUGCCUUGCUUCCGAGUCAAAUAGCCGGCAUAGUACCACAGGGAUCGAAAGAUGAGGGUAAAUGGAAUUCAAAAGAGCAUUUAAGCCCUACUGACGAGCGUCGCAUGGCACGAUUUGCUCAGUAUGCCAUGGUGGCUGCUGAAGAAGCUUUACAGGAUGCUGGAUGGGACCCAAAGAAUGAUAAAAGUCUCGAGGCCACGGGUGUCUACAUGGGCUCCGGAAUCGGUAGCUUAGACGAUGUAUACGACACUACUGUGGCAUAUGAAAAAGGUGGCUACCGGAAGGUCUCACCACUAUUCGUACCACGACUAUUGAUCAACCUCGCGGCUGGCCACAUCUCAAUGCGCUACGGUUUCAAGGGACCAAACCACGCCGCAACCACAGCAUGCACAACUGGUGCGCACAGCAUUGGGGAUGCUUCUCGCCUGAUUCAGUUUGGGGAUGCAGAUGUCAUGAUCGCCGGUGGGUCUGAAUCUUGCAUUCAUCCGCUCGCCAUUUCAGGUUUCGCCAGAGCUAGAAGCCUUUCCACUGCAUUCAAUGACCGGCCUGCUGAUUCAAGUCGUCCAUUUGACAAACAACGCGAUGGCUUCGUUAUCGGAGAGGGGGCUGGUGUUGUGGUUCUUGAACUUGAGCACGCACAAAGAAGAGGUGCACGCAUCUAUGCUGAAAUUGCUGGCUAUGGACUUUCCAGCGAUGCAUACCACAUGACAGCACCUCGCGAGGACGGACAAGGCCCACGUCUCGCUAUGAAGAAUGCUUUACGACAUGCUGGCAUCAAGCCAAGUACCGUCGAUUACAUUAAUGCUCACGCCACAAGUACACCUCUAGGUGACGCCGCUGAGAACAGGGCUAUCAAAGCACUCUUACUAGGUGAAGGAGGGAAAUCAUCAGCCUCUGAGAUCAACGUUAGCAGUACGAAAGGUGCUGUCGGACAUUUGCUCGGCGCUGCUGGUAGUGUGGAAGCAAUCUUCACAGUGCUGGGCAUACAUCAUAACAUCCUCCCACCAACCCUAAACCUCAUUGACGCUGGAGAACCGGCUUCUGAAUUCGAUUGCAAUUAUGUGGCGAAUGUUGCUCAGCAACACAAGAUCAGCGUCGCGCUCUCGAACAGUUUCGGUUUUGGGGGCACCAAUGCUUCGCUCUGCUUCCGUAAAUUGUAA